UUGCCCCAGCGAGGCAUCAGUGGGGCGGGGGCUGGAUGUGCAAGGUGCUGGAUGUGCCCAUAAUGAAAGAGACUGCCCCCGACCCAUAGCGCGUACCGUGCUGGCCGGUUUGUGCCAGCGCUGUGCCCUUUACGAGCCCUUGUUACAACUUGGAAAUACGUCGCUAAUGACUUGAGCAUCUGCAUGCAGCAGAGCAACUGAAUGAAACCUGGCAAUUUAAAAAUGGACCAGGUCGUGGAGAUGUUUGACCACGCGUAUGGCAGCUACAUGAAACACGCAUAUCCUGCAGACGAGCUAAUGCCUUUGAGUUGUCGGGGUCGAGUGCGUGGGAUGGAGCCGAGUCGUGGGGAUGUUGACGAUGCCCUUGGCAAGUUUUCCCUCACUCUGAUUGACACUUUGGAUACCCUUGUGGUCCUUAACAAGCUGGAUGAGUUCGAGGACGCAGUGCGGAAGGUGGUGCUGGAUGUGCAGCUGGACAACGAUGUGGUGGUCUCUGUCUUCGAAACCAACAUUCGUGUGCUGGGGGGCCUGCUGGGGGGCCAUGUCAUGGCCGACAUGCUGAAGGCACAAGGCGUGCGGCUGCAGUGGUACAAGGCCGAGCUCCUGCACCUGGCUCGGGAUUUAGGAUACCGUCUCUUGCCCGCUUUCAACACCACCAGCGGGCUGCCAUACCCCAGGGUGAACCUGAGGUAUGGAGUCCUGAGUCCAAACUCCCGGACAGGCACCGAGUUGGACACCUGUACGGCCUGUGCCGGCACCAUGAUUUUGGAGUUUGCUGCCCUCAGUCGCAUGACGCAAGAGACAGUUUUUGAGGACACGGCUCGCAGAGCACUGGAUGUCCUCUGGGAGAAGCGCCAGAAAGGGACCGACCUGGUGGGGACGGUCAUCAACAUCCACAGUGGGGACUGGGUCCGCAGGGACAGCGGGGUCGGCGCCGGCAUAGACUCGUACUACGAGUACCUCAUGAAGGCCUAUAUCCUGCUGGGCGACGACACCUACCUAGAGAGGUUCAACGCUCAUUACGUGGCCAUAAUGAAAUACAUCAGCCAGCCUCCCCUGCUGCUCAAUGUCCACAUGCACAACCCCACCGUCAGCAUCCGGAGCUGGAUGGACUCCCUCCUGGCCUUCUUCCCUGGCCUUCAGGUGCUGAGGGGGGAUUUGAAGCCGGCCAUCGAGACGCACGAGAUGCUGUACCAGGUCACCAAGCAACACAAAUUCCUCCCGGAGGCGUUCACAUCUGACUUUGCCGUGUAUUGGGCCCAGCAUCCUCUGCGGCCGGAGUUUGCCGAGAGCACCUACUUCCUGUACAAGGCUACCCGGGACCCCUACUACCUCCAGGUGGGCAAGUCCAUUGUAGAGAGCCUGAAUGCCUAUGCUCGGGUGGCCUGCGGCUUUGCGGCGGUGCAGGAUGUACGGACGGGCCGACAUGAGGAUAGGAUGGACUCCUUCUUCCUGGCUGAGAUGUUUAAGUACCUCUACUUGCUUUUCACGGAGAAGCGGGAUCUGCCGCUGGACAUUGACGAUUACAUCUUCACCACCGAGGCCCACCUGCUGCCCCUCUCGCUCUCCACUGCCCGGCCCCCCUGCCCUAGGAACGUGACUAUGUUUCCCAGGGGCCAUGGAGAGGAGGGGAUUUUUACCCGUUCUUGCCCCAGCGCACAGACUCUCUUCCCCAAUAAUCCCACCUUCACCCGCACCAUCCGGGACGCCCACAAGCAGCUUCUGCAGCCGGGCGCCGAGCGUCUGGCGCUCUUCAGGGGGAUUGAGUUCCCGCUCCACGACACCAGGCUGGAGCCCUUGGAGAUCCUGAAGAGCAUGGGGCUGACCCUGCUCCCGCUGGGCGACAGGAGCGUGCAGCUGACUGGCCUCCGACACAGGCAGGAUGCUUCCCCCCUGGAGCUCUUCAGUCUGAAAUUCAUCACCGAGCUGGUCGACCCGCCUGCAGGAGAGCAGCAAGGCAUCUCCCCACUGGCUGUCCAAAUUAUUUCUCCCCCGUUUUUAGGGAGAAUGGUACUCACCGCUGGACCAGCCCAGUUUGGAAUGGACCUGACCAAGCAGGAGCAUGGGGUGAAAGGAAGCUUAGUGCAGAGUGACCCGUACCAGGCCUGUGCCGCUAUCACCAACCAGGAGGAGGUACAUGGGAAGGUGGCGCUGGCCCAGAGAGGCGAAUGCAUGUUUGCUGCCAAAGCCAGGAACUUGCAGACGGCAGGCGCCGUGGGGGCGAUUUUCAUCGACAACGCUGAAGGCAGCUGCAGCGAGGAGAUGGUUCUGUUCCAGAUGGUGGGAGAUGGAAGCACCAGCGACAUACUCAUCCCCCUGGUCUUCCUCUUCCAGAGGGAGGGGCAAGUCCUCCUGGAUGCGCUGUCCCAACAUCGCAAUGUGGACGUGCUCCUGGGCCCUAAAGCCCUGUUCCGAGGGCUAGAAAACACGGAGCAGCUGUUGCCCACGCGGCAGCCACAGACCCCGGCGCCAGGAUGGUGAGACGUGCUCCAGACCAAGCAUGAGUUGCACCUGCUGCCCAGGAGGCUAGUGGCCAGCCCCUGGCAAGGAGAGCCAGGAACAAGCAGAAGUGCCGCAUCCCCCUGUGCCCGGCCAAGCACGGAGUCACCAGCUGCCAAAGACCUCAGGCAUGUUCAUGUUGGUCGUCUGGGGGAAGGGACGGCCAGCAUUCGGCUGCAGGCAGCAGCGUCUAUUUUCUGUAGCAUGUCGGUGAUGCGAAGGGCCGUGGUGGGUGUCAUGGACAAUGUGCGUGUUUGAAAUGGAAAGAAGCCACCCUUUGGGAUGGGGUGGCUGAGGUGAGUACUAACCUUACCCUUGCAGCCAGCAAAGAGCACGGGACUUUGUACCAAAGCAGCCAAGACAAACCCAGCUUCAACCGCUGGUGUCUGAGCCGCUGUCAAGGGCUGGGCUCUGCUCUGCAUCUCUAGUACUUUGAAACAUCCAGGUGGGAAGUGGUCAGCGAGGAAUCCUGCUGGCCUGUGUUACGGAGUCGAAGCCCUCGCCUGCAUGUGUAGCAGGUACAUGGCCCGCCUGGCUCGUAAGCCAACUGAAAUGUGACAGCCUUCAGGCCCUGAGGGGGUGAACCCACAGCUGCAGCACACCUCCGGCAGCUGUAAGACUGGAUUAGGACAUACCUGGUGUGAAUGGGGCACCAAUGGAGGCCCUUGCUUUAAAAAAUAGCCUUGGAAAAUUGUUCUAACUGACCUACUCUGGUGCUGUUCUAGCUCUCAGCUGGCUCUGCCGGAAGAGGUAGCACCCCUCAACCUUGCUCCGGAGGGCUGGCAGGAGAAACAGUUCACUGCAAUUACUGCCCUGCCCUUGAAGUUCUGACUCAUAGUGAUACAAAUGUGCAUUGCUCUAAACAGAGCACCAGAAACCUUUUUCUGCCCCUGCCGGGAAGAGCAGCUUGAGAAUUCUGGUCUUGUGCCGUCGUUGGGAAGACUUUUCUAAAUCCACCGGUGGCAGGGCGCUGCUUGCUCCUUCAGGUGGAGAGGAACGGUCUCUUCUCACACGGUGCCUCUGCCAGCUGCACUUUACUAUGGCGUGGCCGUGAGCCAUGGGCCCUGUGCUUUCAGGUGCACAAUGUUGCUAAGGAACUGGCCUUAGCUGCCGGCUGGUUUGAGUAAAUAAAAUGUUCCUCUUGCGGGCCCUUGC